AUGCUCGACCCGCAGGAGGACCUUCAAAAACUGUUUGCGCCUUUUGGGCUGCUGGAAGUGCACAAGGGAAUUCUGUCGUUUCCUUCACGCGGAUGCACCGCCUUCAUCCAUGAACCCUCAAAUUUCAAGGAAGUCGUCUCUUGUUUGGACGAAGGAAGCAACUGCCACCGGAAAGGGCAAUGCAUGCAAUGCUACUCAGAAAAUCAAUGCUCCUCAGAAAAUCAAUGCUCCUCACGAAAGCAAUGCUCCUCAGAAAAGCAAUGCUGCCCAGAAAAGCAAUCCUACUCCGAAAGUGUCUGCAAGUUCUGGGUAGAUGGAAAUUGUGUGAAAGGUGAUCGAUGCCGGUAUUUGCAUAACUCGUUCCGUGGUGAGGGGUUCUCCAUGUUGGCAAAGCUCCAAGGGCACACGAAGGCUGUCACUGGUAUUGCCCUUCCUGAACGAACUAACAAGCUUUAUUCAACCAGUAAAGAUGGAACAGCCAGAGUUUGGGACUGCCAUACUGGUGAAUGUGGCAGUGUGAUUGAUCUUGGUGGUGAAGCAGGUUCUUUAAUUAGUGAGGGCCCAUGGGUUUUUGCUGGUGUACCAAAUCUUGUUAAGGUUUGGAAUACUGAGACAAAUUCUGAAUUCAACCUGGAUGGACCUGUUGGCCAAUGCAUGCUAUGGUGGUUGAAUGGUGAUAUAUGCGUGUGGAAAGGUAGCACUGAAACUAAUCUGCCAUUUUAUCCUGCUGCAACUCUGAAGGGCCACACUGGUGCUGUGGUGUGGGACCUUUAUACUUUGCAGGGUGUUCUGACACUAAAUGGGCAUUCUGGUGCGGUGAUGUCCCUUCUUUGCUGGGAUCAGUUCUUGCUCUCAUGCUCACUGGACAACACGAUAAAGGUGUGGGCUGCCAUUGAAGGAGGUGGUUUGGAAGUGACCUACACUCACAACGAAGAGCAGGGUGUUCUUGAUCUUGCCGGAAUGACAGAUGCAGAAAGCAAGCCAAUCUUGCUUUCUUCUUGCAAUGAUAAUUCUGUCCGCAUAUAUGAACUGCCAUCAUUCACUGAAAGAGGCAGAUUAUUUGCAAAACAAGAAGUUCAGAUGGUCGAGGUAGGACCUGGAGGACUAUUCUUCAGUGGGGAUGCAACUGGUCUCCUUUCUGUUUGGAAGUGGAUGGAUCCUCCAGCGGUCAAAGUGGAGUCUUCAUGA